AUGUCUCGCGACCUUGAGCGAUUGAUAGAGUCACUCAUAACCGACAUUUCAUGUUACGGUGACCUGGGAUGCACUGUGUCGCAUGUACUUGAAGCUCUUGGCACGUUCUACAAAGAUGCGAACCUCCGGGAAAAUGUAUCGGCGGCUCUCCCCUUGAUGUCAACGCCCGUAGAGUCAGAACACCUACUCUGGUCGACAGCCUGGGACUGGCUAAGAGCAAGGAAGGAUAUCUCUGUAGGAGCGAAUCGAAAAUGGAACCAUCUAGCUCUAUCCGAUGUCCUUGCUGUGCCAGACCCCGACUCUGAGGGCGGGUCAACAGCACCUGGUAUAUCGGGAGAAGCCCCAGGAGCAGCGCCGGAUGGUUCUCAACCAAAGGAGCCAUCUCAAAGUAUCACAAGAAACGAUAUUCCGCGGAAGCGACCCCGAAUCUAUGUUGCCGAGGACCGCAUGUGGGAAGCCAUCGCUGGACACGCGCCCGACUACCGAAGAGUUCCGAGACUAGAGUGGAUGGCCUUAGUUGGCAUCGCAUCUACGAAGCAUCAGGGCAUUUUGCAGGGCGAUCUAGGUCGACUUGUAGGCCAAGACAAACGGUCGUUGCCCAAGAGAACAGACGCGCUUGCCGACAAAGGAUAUAUCUCGAAGCGCACGACUCUUGUUAGGGGCACCAAGACGAGCAAGAUGUGGUUAACGCGCUUUGCCCCUGCCCUUCCGACAAACCCGCUCAAGACGGCCGCCAGCCUGCACACAACAGUCGAUAUGUCUCGGGAUACUUUGGCACGCGAUUUGGAACCCGUCCCAUGGCGUGAUAGGUGGAACGGGGACUCAGUUGACUACAUUUCUCUUGCCCAGACAAUCAUGGCUGUUGUCAAGGCGUUCGGAAUCAUCAGGUAUCACGACCUACGUUGCAAGCUGGGCAUUCUAGGUUUGAGAUGGCAGAUGAAAGUGGCGGCAAAAACCUGCCGCUUUUUUGUCCAGACUGGGGCUGUCCAGUACGUAGGUGCCACUUUAUCUGGCAAGCUCUUUAAGGACUGUCUCAAAUUCGACCACGACCUUACUCAUGAAGACUGGGCAGCCUAUCUUGCUACAGGCAAGCAGAAAAACAUCUCCUUCUCAACUGCGGACUUGGGCGAUGCGGACCUUGCGCCCAGUCUGGCAGACACGGAUGUGAAUGCCGAUCCCUCAAGCCUCGAACCUGGUCCCCGUCGCAACACUAAUAAGAAGCACAUCAGUUCACGGUCCAGUUGGUUGCCAGAUAAGCCACUGAUUGCAAUCGUUUUCGAUAACAUCUCGGCUGCUGGCGCUGCGGGUCUCUCCAAUAAGCAGAUAGGAGACUCUACGCUGGGAUCGUCAUUCCGGAGGUAUUUGUCCUCAAUUUCUUCGACCAUCUCUCUUCCAACACAACAGCCCAACGACCUGAGGCACUUCCAAGUAACGAGCGAGAUGCAUCGGAAGGGCAAGUCUCAGCAAUACCGAUAUUUUGCAAGGAAUUUGCAGCAGGCUUCUACGAUAAUCGUUGCUGAGGAAACAGCUGAUGGAGAAACCGAUGACCAUUCCAUGGCUAACGCCGUCCAUGGUGAUACUUUCGCAGCACUUUUCACAGACCCGGCUCUUCUCCCUGACACUGCUCGAGCUGCCGGCGGCUUGGCAGCCCUUGCCCAUGUUUCCGGUAGGGGGCUAAAUGCCAUGUCGAAGAGAAAGUCUGAGAUAUCGGAAUCGUCACAAGCCAAAGGAAGCCAAGGAAUGGGGCCUCAUUGUGCGAAACGGGCGAAGGUAUCAGAGCAGGCUGAAGAUGAAGCCACGGUGGGCAGUGGCUUUUCGCGGAGGGCCAUUUCAGGGCACGAAUCUGAAUCAACCCCUUCACUUUCUAUCCGUCGCGGUACAAGAAGACAAUACGCUGAAGAAAAGGCGACAUCAUUAAUAAUUACCCUCAAGAUGGAUCCCUCUGCAUUGUCAAAUAUUCUAAGAGUCACACAGACGAAGGACAAAGUCGACACCUCUUCUGACCCCAAGAAGGUUAUCAAUACUGAGGAAAUCAACGAUACCACACACACUCCUUUAGAUCAAGCUAUUCAUUCGUCAAUCCUGUUAGCAGCAGAAACGCCUCCAGGAAACCCCUCAACAGGAGAGGCCACAGUUUCAAUUGACGCUCUAACAGUUGAAGAGUCGAUUGUUGUAGCUUCUUUGCCCUCAGGGGAAGAUGCGGACAUGGACAAUGCUGAGGUCACGGAAGACAGCCCCGCUGGAGAGUCACCUGUAAAACGCGGAGGACGCCGCAAAAAGAAUCACGCAAUGAAGUCUUCGAGCCGCGGUCGCUCCAAGGUCUUCAAGUGCGACAAGUGUGGCGGGACGUGGAAAAACGACGUUGGUAUCAAGUACCAUCUCGAGAAAUCGAAAACAGCCUGCAACCCAAACUACAUCCCGCCGCUAUCCGGACCUCCUGAAGCUCUGUUUCCAACAGCCAAACGUUCCACACUAGCUAAACGAGCAGUCGCCGUUCCUCGGCAGAUCCAGUCUCGCCACUCAAAGUCGUCGGCCAUCGCUGGAAUUCCCAAUGAUGAUGAUCAGGUUAUAGAACAGAUGCCAGAGGAUUCAACCUUGGCAAUUGGUUCGGGUACUAGCAUCAGGUCCUCCAAAGGCAGAGUCAUGCGACGCUCUGGAGAAGGGUCUUCCAACAGAUAUUCAGAAACCAGGCAGGGGGCGAGGAAGGGCAUGAUCAAACAACGCGGGAGCGCCAAUUCCGCCUCGUUUGCACCUCCGCGCUUAUCUUCAACCCAGGCGUCCAUGAGCGGAUUAAUUGAUAUCGCUGCUGGGGGGGUUAGAGACGUGCCGUCAGAACACACGCCAGUCCAGCCCGCCUUUAAGAGGUCACGGGCAGAGGACGCCACGAACUUUGACGAAACGCAUUCCUCUGCGGGGCGCUAUAGACAGUCGUUCGCUGGAAAGGAUGGGUUUGAGCAGCCAUCUCCACCGAUGCCCAAGAGACCUCAGGGUAAUUCUGGGCGGAGAGACUCAUAUUCAGGCUCUACCAAGCCACGCUUUGGGCGGCACACCAAUCAGAACGCCAGGACGGUAGCAGUUGGGGAAGCACCCUCGUCGGGAAUUAGCAGUUCCCAAGUCGCGCACGCCGAAGCACUGAAGGCUAGUCUUGAUGAUAACGGUGUUCUAUCAGAGCUCGAGAUCAUGGAGAGGACCCUCUUGUAUAUCCUCCGUGCAAAUGGCGGAGUUUUUGCCGGCGGGCAGUCAUUAUGGUACGCUGUCAUGGCGAUGUGGGAAGCUGCGUUUCCUGUCGAAGAAGCUCCGGAUCAUCAAUGUUAUAAGGAUGCUCUGGCCAGAUUGGCCAAGAAGAAGCAGGUAGUGGUCAGCACCCAUGCCUUCAAGGACUCGAGAGGCAUGAUGGCAAACUACCAGCUGAUUCGAAUACCUGGGGUCGAAGCAUCGUCCCCAGCGGGUGUAGCUAUGAAAGCCAACAUUGUUGCUGAGCACCCAGGAGUUUACACACCAUCCGCCUUUACACCUAGAUCAGGGCUUCCCGAAGAGCAUAAGCACGACGCUCAGCCUGUCUUUUCCAGUCGCAGGAAAUUGGUACAGGGGAUUGAGGUUCUCGACGCUCCAUUCUAUGCCACCAAAGCUGCCAAUGAAAGACCAGUCACCCCCACUGAAGGCAUUCAGACCCCCAGGAAGCGCAGGAGAAGGAUGGUCACGAAGGAGCAGCUUACCCACGCUGAGGACGAAGGCCCUGAUGGCAAACGGAGGAAAGACAUUUUCCGUAUUUUCAUGGAUGGACGGGGGGUAGCAGGUGACGGGCCCUCCGCCUUGCCGGAAGACAAGAAAUCCGGCUUUUCUCCUCGACUUGUUUUCCUCAGUCCUAAUACCUACUUGGAACGAGAAGUUUCAGAGGAUGUUCAUCAGGCAUUGAUACCUGUUCGACCAGAUCCAGAGCCGACGUAUCCCGCAGCAUUGGCGAAAGGUGGCACCAUCAACGACCAUAAUUUCGCAUUUGCUGAUGCCGAUGUAAUUAUGGGCAAAAAUGGCACCUGGCCAAUCUACGACGACAGCUUCUUUGAGACGAGGGACCGUAGCCUAACGAUUACUGGUUGGAUGCCGGACUCUCGAUGGUUUUUGAGGCAAAACUUGCCUCAGAAUCUGACCGAGAUGAUCAAGUGGCGCGGUCGGCCCAAAGCCAGCUUCACUAGCAGCAGUCAGUACUCCGAGUUUGCCGAACAGGUCGACGCAUGUUUUGACUGGGAGCUGUCUACCGAGGGAAUGAAGCUUCUUCUGGCCGAGUCAAUUGCUCCUGAUCACAUAUUUAUCAACCAUGGCGUCGGUGACCUUCCGUGCGAAUGGGAGAACCCGCCACUGGAAUGGGAUCCUGCGAACCAGCUUAGCCCAUCUGCCCUGUUCGACAUACAAAUAUCAGAACAGACGACGACAGCGACUGACCAUCUCUGGGGUGGUGAACUUGGCCGGCAAAGAAGGCGGAAGCGGCGACAGAACAAGCUAGCAACCGAGCCAAAGGAGCUUGUCGUCGGCAUUGAUUUGAAAGUCAGAACGCUCAUACCGCUUCCUAGGGAUAUGGAUCUGAGGGACGUAUCGAAACGUACUGCCGGACUUGAUGAGACGAAUGAAACCAUUUUAAUUGCAGCGUUUGUUGUUACGAGAACACUGUUAGGGGGCGCUGAUCGAAUUAUCGAAUGGGGUCUAAUGAUGACCUUAUUCCCUGACAUGGCACUUAGCGCUAUGCGGCGAUUCUGGUCGAAGGCUCGAAAGGACCGGGGCACGUUCAUCAACCAGCUUACGGAGCGAUUCCAGGUCCAGUUCAUCUCCGCCUACGAGAACAACGAAUUUCCACCCAUUGAUUUCGAUAGCUAUAUUGAUUACGAUUGGCCGCGUCUAAUCAAGUGGACGGCUGGCCUGAUCGAGGAUUCGCAGGAACUACCAGCCAACAAGGCUGCCCUGGACCGGGGUUAUUCUCUGGGCUCGGCAUGGACGGACGUCACCGACUGGCGAGACGACUACUACAACUUCCAAAUGUCCGUCUUCAACCGAUUUGAGGCGGCAACCUCCCGCCCGGCAACCUCUCUCGUGGACAGGAGAGACGAGAUAGAGUCAGAAGUAGAAACUGACGAUCUUGUCACCGCCAUGUCAUGGCUACGCUCUCUCUGUUACACUCACCGCGAUAGGUACGCGCCUCAGGAUAUCAGGAAAAAAAUGGCGAGCAUUGGGGGCGGUAACGAGGACCGCAUCCAGUCCUUACUUGAGCAGGCGGUCGAGAUCCUUCAAGGUCAGGGUGUGAUCACGGACAGCAAGCUUAAGGCCCUCGAGGGCCGACCGUACCGUCUCACAGAGACAUUUCUGCCACGGUUCAUGAAGUGGACUCACGAGGUCAAGUUUAUCGAUGCUGCUAUGUUCAAGUUGAGACUUGACGGGAGCUUUCGGCGGGGCGAGAAGAUUCGUAUCCCGUACGUGUUGAAAGAUGGCGAGGUCAUGGCCAUGAUGAACCUGCAGGCCAAUGGGCGAGUCACCAUCACCACGGUGGAUGUACCGAACAUUCCCCUUGGUUUCGAUCCGGGCAACUAUGAAAGCAGAAAAUACCCCAAGUCGUACUAUAACUUUGGUCUGGAGAUCGCGCCGACCGAUACGUACAUUUACGACGAGGACCUGGACAUCCUUCGACAGGCCAAGAGCGACAAGCCUCUAAAGGAGAACCAUAAUCGCGCGAUACCGUUGUGGUCCGACUUCUUUGGAGAAAUGAAUAUAGAUCGCUGGUCUCAGGUUCUUGGUGCGGUCGCGUUUGUUAUCGCGACACGGGGACCUCUGGAUGUUCCAUCUGUUUGCGCCGUGCUCAAGCCAUACUUGCUGGAGUUCGAGGUGCAAAUGGUAUUCGACUGGGGAAGGCGCAACGGUGUGUUGAAGGGAAUGGCACAUGGGGUAAGCUGUACAGUUGGCGAGUGGUGGUGGCUGCUGAUUGGAAGGCAGCGAACCAGUACGGUGCUGUAG